ACUGAAACACCCUACAAUUGUAGCACGUGAAUAUACAACGUCAAAUCCAAAAUCGUAUACGAUAAUGUUAAAAUGUCAAAAAAUUUGUUUACAAAUUUAGGCGGCGUGUUUUCUUUAAAUUGUUAAGCUACACAUUACUAAAUAAAUAAAACGGUAAAAAUGAGUUUUCUGAAGCCAAAGGAUGUAAUUGCAGAGGGUGAUACCGUGAUACUUUAUCUCACUGUGAAUUCGAUGCACGCCAUUGAAGCUACACCAACAAUAGUCAACAAAAAGGGCGAAACCAUUGAAUAUAUAUUUCAAACAUCAUACGGCGCGUUAAAGGUACGCAACCUAAUUGGUGUCACAUAUGGUAGCCGCGUGGAACUCUCGAAGGGUUGGGCAUAUGUGCUGCAACCAAAUCCAGAAUUAUGGACACAAACGCUGCCACAUCGUACACAAAUCAUUUACACACCAGAUAUUAGUAUGAUACUCUUUCAACUUGAAGUGCGGCCUGGUUCAGUUAUAGUUGAAUCGGGCACUGGUUCUGGUUCACUGUCACAUUAUUUUUUACGUGCAAUUAAACCAUUUGGUCAUCUACAUACAUUUGACUUCCACGAAGCGCGAGUGCAACAAGCUCGUGAAGAAUUCGAACGACAUGGCUUAGGUGAUUUUGUAACAGUUUAUCAUCGCGACGUGUGUCAACUGGGUUUUAGCAAUGAGUUAGAAGGCAAAGCAGAUGCAGUAUUUUUGGAUUUACCGGCACCACAGUUGGCCGUACCAUUUGCAGCGAAAACACUGAAAUUAGAGGGUGGACGAUUUUGUUCAUUUUCACCUUGUAUUGAACAAUCACAACGUUGUUGUAUCGCUUUACAAGAACACGGAUUCACCGAGAUACGUUCAAUGGAAAUACUACAGCAAGAGCAUGUUGUUAAAACUAGAACUUUGCCCGUGCUAGAUUUAGAAUUCCUGAAGCAUAAGAAACCCUCCCCCCAGAAACUGGAUGAAUCGAGUACUAGCGAGACUAAUGAAAAACCAGAUCCUAUGAAGACUCCUAAGGAAACAAAAAAAGUCCUAACAUCAUGUGCGCCGCCUACACUUCCAGGCCACACGGGAUAUUUGACAUUUGCAACUCUACCUCCAGCCUUCGUACGAUAGCAAACAUUUUUCAACAUUUUAAUACUAUAUAAUGCGACAAUACAUGUUUAAAGAAAAAAAAUAAUAAGUUUUUAUAAACACCCAAAUGGCAUAAUAUUUUCAAUUCAAAAAAAGUGAUGCUUGAUAAGAAAUUAUGACAGUGAAGGAUUUUAACUAAUGAAAUAUAAUAAUCAAAUUUCAUAUUUUUAAUAAACUAUUUGAAAAAACGUAUCCACAUUUUUGAAAAAAUUAUCAAUAUAUCGUUACAUUGGUUUAAACAGCUGGUUUUGGAUAUCGAUUGUUUAUCGAUAAGGAGCUGAAUAAGGUACUUCUCCAGCAAUGCACUUUGACCGCAAUGAAUAAACGUUAUUAUUUUCAAAUUAUAUUCUGCAACCUCCAGAGGUUUAUUAAAGCGAGAACGCUAUACUUAUUAUGCCUGCCAUAGAAAUAUUCGUUCACAGCUGAUAAACAGAAAUGACGAAUAUCUGAUUAGCACAUUGCCCUUCCGUGCCCUGUCAAUUUAUUGUGCAAGAAAAACAUCAAGUGUAAAAGCCGCGCAUCGCUCAAAAAACAAGAAUUGUAGAAAAAAGAAACACAAGCAAAGUAUAUAGAAGAAUCAACCACUUUCAGUACACGUAUACAGGUAGUACAAUUUGAUGCUCCACACAGCAGUACGAAGUGGUGGCACAUAUUUGUAUCGUGACCUGUGCAAGUUCAAUUA